AUGGAGAAUGCAAAGCGUGAUCUUCACAAUGCAGUCUCCAAGGCGAAGGACGUUCGUCUCAAAGUCCACGUCACCUAUGUGUCGGUGCCUGUGAUCGACAAGAAGUAUUGGCCUCGACCAAAGCCGAAAAAAACACCAUCAAGGAUUUGGGGCAAACGAGGCCGGCCAAAGGCACAGGCAAAGAGGAAGCCAACAAAGAAAGAUACAGAGCCAAGGAGAACUUGCUGGGUCCAGUGGCCCGUCCUUUCUCCUGCAAAGCUUUUCCAAGCCAUUGUCGAAAGUGGUUCAAUGUCGCUGUUGCAGCAUCCAGAUUUCGAUUUGUGCGACUUUUGGGAGCGUGCUUCGGUAGAAGACUGGGGCAGAGAGCACCCUGUUGUCAAACAAUUUGAUGUUGAGGCCCGUGCGCGUGCAAUUGCGGCAACCUUUCACGGCGACGAGGGCGAGGGCAAGAGGGGCCGAAACACGCUCAUCCUCAGCUGGAGUUCUAUAGGGGUCCACGGGCCGUCAUCCUUGACGAAGUUUCCAUUCUGUGCUUACACGGACUUCUGCAAGAGCUUUGAGGAGCAGGAGUUUCUGAUCACCAAUGUUUUCGGAAGCUUCAAGUGGCAUGUCAAAAAGGUGGUGAGGCAUCAUAUGAUCGCCCAUCAUUGCUCCCUGAAGUUUCCGGCCUUGGUCUUGAAGCCAAUUCAGCAGUACAAGCUUUUGGCGACGUCGGUGGACCGACCGCCAAAUUGGUCAGUGGAGUUCACGAACCCCUGUGGAGACCCAGGUGAUGUGUUGGCCAUCGUUUUUGGUGUGGAACCCAAAACAUGGGCUGAGACGCUGGCUGAGGGUAAAGGCCAGAUCGUUCGCCGAGGACUGAUCACCGAACAGGAUGCCGGUGUGGUGCAGUUCAUGGCUCAGCAUGCCGAUGAGAUGUUUCUUUGCCGAAUCGUGAAUAACCAGCUAGUCUGCCACAGCUCUGCCGGCGGCAGCAAACGCCGUCGCAAGGCAUAG